AUGCAUCAAUUAUCAAACGAUACUAGUUCGUGGAAUUUAAUUGUUGUUCCACCUCCAUCAUCUUUACUUUAUAAUUCAAAUACUUAUGAAUCUAUGCCACAUAAUAGUACAACAGGAAAUGAUAUAAAUAAUUUAAUUUUACCAAUAUCAUCUUUAGUAAAUUCACAACCAACAACCAAUGAAACAAAUUCUGUUAAUUAUUGGGCAUUAACACUCAUAAUUUUUCCUUUAUUUACUAUUGUUGGUAAUGCACUUGUUGUUAUUAGUGUUUAUCGAGAAAAAUCAUUACAUACUGUAACAAAUUAUUUUGUUGUAUCACUUGCUAUAUCCGAUAUAACUGUUGCUGCUGUUGUCAUGCCAUUUGCUAUUUAUCUUGAAUUUAAUCGUGUAUGGGAAUUAUCUGACCGUCUCUGUGACUUUUGGGUUGCAUCUGAUUGUAUGGCAUGUACAGCAUCGAUAUUAAAUUUGGUUGCCAUUGCUGUUGAUCGCUAUAUAGCAGUAACAAAACCACUUAAAUAUGCUCGACAUAAAAGUCCUAGACGUGUUGCUAUCAUGAUUGUUAUUGUAUGGUUAACUUCAUUUUGUAUUGCUCUUCCUAUUGUUGGUGGUGUGAAUAAAUCUGAUGUUAUUGAUUAUCCUAGAGUACCUGAGCAAUGUGCAUUUUUUAAUAACAAAUUUCUUAUUUUUUCAUCGCUUGGCUCCUUUUUCAUUCCAUGUAUUAUUAUAUUUGCUAUUUAUUAUCGUAUAUUUGUGGUGAUUAUGAGACAAGCAAGAAAAAAUCGUAAACAAUUUCGACCAAAAACUAUUAUUGAAUCAUCUGCAGCACAUCAUCGUACAAAUGCUGAUCAUCUUAUAACAUCAUAUUAUCAAGAACGACCAUCAACUAUAAAUCAAACAUCUAUAACAUCACCUAUUGAUUUAAAUGAAACAUCACCAAUACAUAUAAAUACUUCAUUAGAAUCUCAACGUAAUAGUUUAAUGUUAAAAUUAUCUACACCUGUUUUAUCAUCAGGUUUAUGUCCUUUAAUGAAUGUAGUAUCAGCAACUAGUGAACAAAAUGAUGAUGAUGAACGUGAUGACAUUUCUUUCUUUGUUCCACAUGAACAAACUAAUGGAAAUAAUAAAAAUCAACAUGAAAAGCAAAUGGAAAAUAUUUCACCAAAUAUUAUUAAUUUUAAAACGAAAAAUCGUAGUUCACAAACAGAUAUUGAAAAUCAUUGUCAUUAUCCAACUAAACGUGUUAAAACACGUUUAAAAGCUAAAAUUAAUUCUGAUGGUUCAGCAGUACCAACAACAGUUAUAGCAUCAACAAAUAAUGUUCGAGUUGCUAAACGUAAAGCAUAUUCACGUAUGAAAAAAGAACGUAAAGCAACACAAACACUUAUUAUUGUUCUCAUAUGUUGGUUACCAUUCUUUGUGCUCAAUAAUAUAGUUAAUGCUUUUGUUAAGUUAUCAAAAAAAUCCACAGCAUUUCUUGUUAAUGAUUUUAUUUUAUCUUUAUGUGUAUGGUUAGGUUAUAUAAAUUCAUUUUUAAAUCCAAUUAUUUAUACAAUUUUCAAUAUGGAAUUUCGAAAAGCAUUUGCCAAAAUACUUUUCUCAUCAUGUCGAUUUUCAUCAUCGUCUUAA